AUGUCAAACAGUGUUGUCAUUAAUUAUAAACUUUUACGCAAAUUGAAGCCAGAGUUUAUCAAAUCCAUUAAAACUGUGAGCGUUUUUGGCAGAUAUGGGACCGACGUAUUGAUUGUCACCAAAGAUGACAAAGUGUUUGCCUUUGGGGAGAACAGGAACGGGUGUCUGGGUUUGGGUACUAAUAAACCGGUGGCUGAGCCGACACUCGUGAAUGAGUUGUGCGACAAAAAAGUGGUCAGAUUUGCCUUUGGGUACAGACAUGUCCUCGUGUUGACCAAAACGGGACAACUGUUCAGCUAUGGGUACAACGAGUUCGGACAACUGGCCAACCGGACCACAAUUGACUGCUAUGUCCCCAAACUUAUACUCAUUAAUGAGUUGAUGAGACAUUUCAUCGAUGAUAUCAGUUGUGGUGCUUUUCACUCACUGGCGCUCACGAGGACUGGACUCGUCUACGCCUGGGGUUUCAACUUCUGGGGACAGUUAGGAAACGGCAAUAAUUGCAAUCAAUUGAUUCCACUGCAAGUGCGGGCCAUCAACCGGGAAGUGGUUGUGGCCAUCGAUUGCGGUCAUCACCAGUCAGUGGUGUUGACAAAGUCAGGUCACGUGUACGCGUGGGGUCACAACGCAUUUGGCCAGUUAGGCAUCGGGUGCACCGACCGAUUCCGAAACAUUCCCACCAAAGUCCUGGUGACCAGCGAUGACAUACUGGUCACCAAAAUAGUUUGCGGUCAAAAUCACUGUCUACUGCUGACCAUCGAUGGCCACAUAUAUGCGUUUGGAUGCAAUUAUUUCGGGCAAAUAGGGAACGACACCAAAACGGAUCAGUUCGCGCCCACAAGAAUAGGCAAUACUUCGGUAAAGUUUGUGGACAUCGAGGGCUCGCUAUUCAGUAACUCAUCGGUCGCUCGGGCGUCAAAUAAAAGGACAUAUAUUUGGGGCAAAUGUGUGGAUGAGAGGUUGUGGGUGCCCCGGGAGACACCUAUUAAGUCAUUGGUUGAACUAUUUGCCAGGCGCGGUUCGGGAAUGCGUUCCGAUAGGUAUGCCUUUCCUGGAGAGUACGAACCCAUGUCUAGGACUCGAGGAAAGAGUGAUAAUAGUGGGUACAGUAAUGAGCAGAUAAUGAUGGAUACGUUAAAUCCAAACCUAUCGCCACAAGAUAUCCAGGACCGGAUCAUCUUGAAGACAGAAAAGAGAAGUUGGUGGGACUCGUGGGUUGGUGGGGAUUAUAAUAAAAUAUAUGGAGACCUGGUUGACCCGAAAUUGUCGAUACAAGAGGUGACCUCACGAUUGCCGACCGUACACUCCAGGGCCACAAAAGUGAACGUCCGGUCCGGUUACUGCUCGACCCCCACGUGUAACCAGUGCCUCGAUUCGUGUAAAUUCCUGAAAUACUCCAAAUAUUCCUCAUUAGAUAUCACACAAUACACAUAUUUGCGACUUUGCUCAGAGGGGUGUAAAGACAAUCUGUAA